AUGGUUAUAUGGAUGGAUACGAAGAUCAAAAGGGAAGAUGGACUAACAAAAGAUAGAUUAUCUACAAAUAAUCACCAUUGUAAGGAGAAUGAAUGGAGAAUUCAAACAAUUCUUCUGUAUCAUGUAUUCUCGGGUUACAAUGGCCAUGCACGCUGGCUCACAGUGCACUGCAUGCUAGCUCGUAGUGAUGUGUUGUGUGUUGGCUACAGUAACCUACGUACUGGCUCGCAGGAGUGCUGCAUGCUGGCUCGUAAUAUAGGAGUGCUAGCUCGCAACAGAGGCGUGCUAUCUACAAUAAGUCUGCAUGCUGGUUACAGUAAGGUGAAAUCAAUUGAGAAUUUUGAAUUAAAAUCCAAGGAUCUAGAGUAA